CACUAUCCGCCGCUUAUAAUAACAAUGGCACUCACGACUAUAUUCACUCUUUCCCUUCUGGCCACUAUCAGCUCCUUUCUUCACCUUUUCCCACCUCCCUAAACCCUCAUCAUCAUCAUCAUCAUCAUCAUCAUGGCAACAAAACAAACUGCUGUUCUCACCCUCAAAGGCGCCUGCACCGCCCUUACUGCCGCCGAACGGCGAUCCCAAGAAAUCGGCAUCCCCAUGAAUAUCGCAAUCGUGGACUCCUCCUGCCACCUCCUCGCGUUCCAGCGCAUGGAGGGCGCAAAACUAACGUCGAUAAACAUUGCGAUUGACAAGGCGUUUACGGCAGCGGGCCAUCGAGUGCCGACAUCUGUCUACAGGGAAAGCGUCUGGCCGGGCGGAGCCGCAUUUGGAAUCUGGAAUAGUAAUGGUGGCAGGUUUAUGACGAUUGCGGGAGGCCUGCCAAUUGUGAAGGACGGGGUUAUAGUUGGGGCGAUUGGAUGCAGUACAGGGACCCCCCCGGAGGAUGAGGAUGUUGCGAGUGCAGGAAAGGCGGCAGUUGAGAAAGAGAUUAGUGAAGAAGGAGGAGCAAAGGCGAAGUUGUGAAGGUGUGCUAGGCUGUAAAGGUUGCCUAGAGAGCUCCGAGAUGCGGAUACAGGGUACCGCAGAUGUUAGAGGUGCUUUAAUGCGCUAUUCUUAGGGGCUUGCUGCUUCAUCGAUAUUGCAACAAGACGCAAUUGAUCCUUGUCGCGUUAA